UGUCUGUUACCGUGAGCGUGAUGACUGUUUCAAUUGACAGCUUUUUUCGUUCAAUGCUUUGAAGACCUUGACAACAGAGCUUAUAUGUUCGUAUACUAGCAACGAAACUCACAUCGAUAUGGCAUCGAGCAGUGAUAAGAAGGUUGUGUGUUACUACACAAACUGGGCACAAUACAGGCCUGGACGUGGCAGGUUCACCGCGGAGAACAUCGACGCGCACAUUUGUACUCACAUCAUCUACGCUUUUGCUCGCAUCCGAGGUGGAGAGAUUGCUGCGUCUGAGGCGAGUGACGAGUCAUGGCACUACCGUGCCGUCACCUCACUCAAAAACAAAAACCCUAGGUUGAAGGUUCUACUCGCUGUAGGAGGCGCCAGUUACGGCACGCAGAUGUUCAAAGACCUGGCGGGGCGGGAGCCAGCUUUCAUCCGGAGCGCCAUUUCCUUUUUAAGAAAGUAUGACUUUGAUGGACUCGAUGUGGACUGGGAAUACCCUGAGGCCUGCGACAAGGCCAAUUUCACAAGACUCCUCCAGGAGCUGAAGAACGCGUUCGUGGCCGAGGCGGAGCGCACUCACAGGUCGCGCCUCCUGCUCACUGCGGCCGUCCCGGUGGGUCCGGACAAAAUCAGUAACGGCUACGACGUUCCUGCCGUCGCAAGGUUCGUGGAUUUCCUGAACGUGAUGGCGUACGACUUCCACGGCCCGUGGGAGGGCAGCGUGGGCCACAACGCCCCCUUGUACGCCCAGGCCAGCGCCGGCGACUACCGCCGGCAGCUCUCCGUCACCAAUGCCGCUAGAAUCUGGCACGAGUCAGGAGCCCCCAAACAUAAGCUGGUGAUCGGCAUGCCGACGUACGGACGCUCGUACAGGCUGGCGAACACUGCGCAUACGAGUCCCUACAGCGCCGCUGCUGGCGCCUGGGAGGCCGAAGAAUACACACGAGAGGAGGGCAUCAUGGCUUACUACGAGGUGCAAAAAAAUCUUCAGCGUGGAGGACGAAAAUUCUGGGAUGAUGAAAUGAAGGUUCCAUACAUGGUGAAGGGAAGCAUGUGGGUGAGUUUUGACGACGAAAAGUCAAUAAAGAAGAAAAUGAAGUUCAUCAAGAAUGAAGGCUUCGGAGGAGCCAUGGUCUGGACUCUGGACAUGGACGACUUUAAUGAGAGCUUCAGUCAUCGCAAAUUUCCUCUCGUGAAGAUCAUGUCGGAGAUGCUGCUCUGAGGUUCACAAACCCCGAUAUGAACCAACAGAGGCCCCUGGAUGGCGUGGAGGAGCGUCGUAGAGCGGCCGUGGAGCGCCACCACGAGACAACGUGUGCUGACUUACAGCAAAGUUGUGGCGCCCGCUCCUGGCAAGAGGACAGCGGCUCUUAGUUACUAGUUAUUUUAGCAGUUUUUAUUGGAAUGAUAACUCCAUUUUUUACUUAGCAGAUUGUUCUGAACGAAAAUAAUUUAGGAAAGAAAGGUAAUUUACACUUACUGGUGUAGCUUGUCUCGUUUACAUGACUUUGUUUUCAUUUUACGUUCUAAGGAUUUCAAUACUUUUAUGCUAAGAAUUUCUGCUAUUUCUUUCGUUACACGCGAAAUAUCCGCUGUGUUUCUAUAACACUUUUGUUUAACGCUUCGCUUAUUAUUAUUUUUUGAGAAUCGAAAGCCUUCAAUCGUUUCGCUUUUUAUGUUCAAGUUGUGCUUUUUAGAUUAUCACAUUUCAUUGAACUAUAAGCUGAUUAUUUGGCAAAAUCAAUAAAUAAUGACGUAAGUUCGGGCAAGCAAGUAAACGUGUUACGUUACUGCCGGCACGCGAGCCAGCGAUCGUCUGAUGAAAAUGCUCUGUGUCUAUGGAAUUUCUGUAUUUUUGAUCAUUGCGCACUAUGUAGUGAAAAUAUUUUUAUGUUCGGAUGAUGUGUCUGAACGGUGGGAGGGCUUAUCAGGACUUGUUUAAUACUGUACUUUGGUUUUGGCUCAACUUUGGCCGCUGUGUUGGCGUAACUUUCAUCUGGAAAAGCCUUUAUGCAACAAUAACAGAGAUGCAAGUGUUCCUCAAGUUUUUUUUUGUUCAUGAUACAUUAUAGUCGUUCUUGUAUGUACUCUGAAUGUAUGUUUAUGUAACUUCUGAAAUCCUUUCACUCGAUGUACCCAGUUUAAUUGGGACCCGCGUAGGAUAAUAUGUUCAGUAUAUAAUCAAUUUAUGCGUUUCAAUAAUAUUGAUUUCAA